UCUUCUGAUUGGCUAGCGCUCUUCGUCUCCGUUCGAGGACCGCCUCCUGCCUUCGUGCUGUGGAUAGAUCAUGGCCCUAAGGGCAUGCGGCUUGAUCAUCUUCCGAAGACACCUUAUUCCCAAGGUGGACAACAGUACAAUUGAAUUUCUGCUGCUACAGGCAUCAGACGGCAUUCAUCACUGGACUCCUCCCAAAGGCCAUGUGGACCCAGGAGAGAAUGACUUAGAAACAGCUCUGCGAGAGACUCAGGAGGAAACAGGCAUAGAAGCAAGCCAACUGACCGUCAUUGAGGGCUUCAGAAGGGAGCUCAAUUAUGUGGCCAGGCAGAAGCCUAAAACAGUCAUUUACUGGCUGGCAGAAGUGAAAGACUACGAUGUGGAGAUCCGCCUCUCCCAGGAGCAUCAAGCCUACCGCUGGCUAGGGCUGGAUGAGGCCUGCCAGCUGGCUCAGUUCAAGGAGAUGAAGGCAACACUCCAAGAAGGACACCAGUUUCUCUGCUCCACACCGGCCUGAGCUGACCAGAACAAAUGUUUCCAUUGCAUCCUUAAGGGUUUUCAAGAUGAACCCACUCUUCCAUCCAGGGAAGGAUGUGCUGAGAGCUGAUAGGUUAGUGAAAUUAAAAUUAACUCGGUGACAGCAAGGAAGCCCCGGAUUCAAUCCCUCUCACAGAAAAUAAUUACUUUAAAAACAAGAGCAAGCAAGGAUUUUAGCUAAGUUAAAAAGCAAAGGAGGGGUAUAGUUUUUUUUGUUUUUUUUUUUUUUUUUGAAUGCUAGCCCCAAAGCAUGUCAUUUAUAAAUAAACUUCAAGAAACUUACCUUUUAA